AUGUCCUGCUACGAACAGUGCAAGCAGCCCUGCCUGCCCCCUCCCACGUGCUGCGUGAAGAAGUGCCCGCCGUGCCCGGAGCCCUGCAGCACCGUGUGCGUGGAGCCCUGCGGCACCGUGUGCGUGAAGCCCUGCGCCGAGCCCUGCAGCACCCAGUGCACCACCACGUGCUGCACCACCCAGUGCGCCCAGCCCUGCAGCACCCAGUGCGUCCAGCCUUGCAGCACCCAAUGCGUUGAGCCCUGCAGCACCCAGUGCGUCCAGUCCUGCAGCACCCAGUGCGUUGAGCCCUGCAGCACCCAAUGCGUCCAGCCUUGCAGCACCCAGUGCGUCCAGCCCUGCAGCACCCAGUGCACCACCACGUGCUGCACCACCCAAUGCGCUGAGCCCUGCAGCACCCAGUGCGUCCAGCCCUGCAGCACCCAGUGCACCACCACGUGCACCACUCAGUGCGCCCAGCCCUGCAGCACCCAGUGCGUGGAGCUCACUCCGCCAACCUGCGUGGACGUCUGCGUGAAGCCCUGCGCCACCUCGUGCUGCACCCAGUGUGCCGAGCCCUGCCCGGCCCCGUGCGUGCAGGUUUGUGCCACCAAGUGCCCAGAGAAGUGUGAGACCGUGUGCCUGGAGCCCUGCCCCCGGACCUGCUGA